AGCGCCAUGCAAACAAACUCGAAUGAGGCGGAUGUCACUAUAGCUUCGUUUUCGGUGCUCAUUAGCGGUAGGGAAACUCGUUUGAAGGAGGGCACGACAUUUACCGUCCCCCGUUUUGUUGUAGUGUUAAUUUUUUGUCGGCAUGGUAUCGCAGAUCUUGUCUAAGACGUCCACCCUCAUUUGUGCACGUAUGUCAACGAUAAACCUUUUUUUUUAUAUAUAUUGCAGAUCGUUACCGUAGUUUAUCACCGCUUCCUACCCUCGUUCACUCAGUACUGUGAGCAACGUGCCCCUUCAAGCUGUUCUGUUGGGCCUUCUAUGCAAGAUUGAACGACGAGCGGUGUGUACUUAAUGCAGGUGUGUUUUAUUUCUUUUCUUUUUUGUUUAGAGAACUACUCAUAGCGCCUGUCAGUCCGAAUGGCACGUACUCUAUUUGUUUUGUCGGUUAUAUUUUUGGUGUUCAGUGCGUACGAGCUGGCACGCUGUAGUCUCAAUGUAUCGAAACACUCUUGUCUUGUAUUCGGCACCGCUUACGCUCAAAUAUUUCAGAGCUUCCCGCACAAAGAGACACGGAAGGGCACUACGCGAGUAUUCCGCUAUUCUGCUUGCUUAACAAUGAUGCUCAUACUUGAUGUGUUCGUUGCCGUCGUAUUAUGCUACUUCGCAGCCUGCAAUGGAUACGUGGGACAGGCCGCCGUGAGCAUUUCGGAAGGUCGGUGCGAAUACGACGGCUGGUAUAUCCCAGUUAACCAAUCUCGGAGCCUCGAAAGCCCAUGCGAGCUGUGGGAAUGUGAGGAGCGAUCCAGUGUCGUCACCAUAACAGGAUGUUCCCCGGUACAUGUGGGACCAGCAUGCAAGCAAGUCCAAGGGAAAGGGGAAUUCCCGUACUGCUGCAUGGCUUCAGUUUGUGGCAGCGCUGCUUUCAAGCAAUGAAAGCCAGAACUCCUCAUUUUUAUGGCGUGAACCUGCAGUCUAUUCGAUUGCUCGUAGUUGGAAAAAUCUGAAUAAAAAACGCGCAUCCGAUUGUAUAAUAAACUCGUGAG